CUCUGUUUAUUCUUCGAAGGGAAAUAAUUAACAUUAAUAGUGGAGCAAAUUGAUGGCAGAGGUGACUGGGACGAGUGAAGUGAAGUCAAGUGAAGUGGCUGCCUUGUUGUGUUGUGUCUCUCUCCUCACCAUCUUGUCCCUCAUCCUAUCUUCUUUAUCUCACUUCCUCGUUUUCUCUUACUCCUUCUGUCCUUCAUUUCGCUUGUUCGCCUACUUACGUCUUAUGCAGCACCAGUCUAGUUAUAUGUCUUAGCUUAUCCAAGCGGAUUAACGAGUUGAAAUGGCUCAGCAUAAUGCAGAAUCUGCGGUGCCUUGACUUUAGCAAUGACAGUUUUAACAGCCCAUCGGGGCGCCCUCCAGUACAGACCGAGAUAUUC